AUGUCAAACGAAGAGCCACCGCAGAAUAAUAAUAAAAGGAGGAGGAAGGAGGCAUCUCCGUCGUUGCUUGAAUCGUUGCCAGAUGAGCUUGCCAUAAGUUGCUUGGCCCGCCUAUCGAGAUUGGACCUGGCCGCCUUGUCUCUCGUCUCCAAGAGCUGCCGUUCUUUUGUGCUUUCGCCAGAGCUCUGCCAGAUGCGAUCGGUAAUGGGUUACGCCGAAAAGUAUCCCUACAUAUGCUUCAGCGGAUCCGCCGUGGUCGCCUUGCAUUGCGGCAUUUAUGUUAUUGGUGGAUUGGUUAACGGCGAGGCCACGUCAGGUGUCUUGCUCCUGGAUUGUCGGUCUCACAAGUGGCACCGCGUCACCUCCAUGAGAGUGCCUCGUGCUUCCCCUGCAGCUAGCUUGGUGGAUGGGAAGAUUUACGUAUUGGGAGGCUGCAAGGAUGACAAGAAUAGUUCCUCCAACUGGGGAGAGGUGUUCGACCCAAAGACGCAAACUUGGGAUGCCCUGCCAAUGCCAAUGCCAAUGCUGGAGGAGCAGGAGGGGGACAAGGUUUACCUGGUGGAUUCAUUGAAUAGAAGCUUCUUCUACUCCCCCAGCCAGUGUAAAUGGGGAAGAGGGGUUCAGGAUUCAACGAAAUAUAUUAAAAGGGAUUGGUGUGCGAUAGAUAACUUGUUAUACAGUUGUGGUUCCCAAGGGAGAAUAUAUUGUUGUGAGCCAGAGGCAGGGGGGUUGAAUGCGAAGGAUUGGGAUAUGGUUGAAGGUUAUCCAAUGAUGUUGCUGCAGGCCCAUCUCAAACAUUCGAGAUUGAUCCACUCUGGAGGGGAAAUGGCAAGCGUGUCGGAGUCCAACAAAACCCCACUACACAAAAGCAGUACAAACCUUAAAGACUUACUUCCCGGAGCCAGGGCCAAAUUGACCAACUUUGGUCGGAAUAUUCUCGUCUUUUGGGACACGCUCGUAGGUCCUCGUCAUAGCAAGAGCUUGGAGAUUUCGUGUGCCGAGCUUUCCUUUGUGAGGUCCACGGGAUUUAGCUAUAAUUAUUACGGCAGGAUUGAGUGGUCCGAUGCUAUCCUCACUAUCGAUCCUCUCCUGUAUCACCCGAAGCUCUUGUAUUCUGUCUCUGUUGAUGUCUGA